AUGCCAACCCACGCACUCCUAGGCGCCACGGGCAGUACUGGCUCUGCCGUGCUGCACUACCUCCUCGAGACUCAACCUCAAGAUCUUCGUCUAAACAUCUUUGUGCGAAACAAAGAGAAGCUCCUGUCAGCAUUCCCGCAGCUUCUCCAAGCAUCCCGACCUGAGAUCCACAUCUAUACGGCACCAGUUACAGACCUCGACACUUUGACCGACUGUCUCCGCAAUACAGAGGUCAUAUACAACUGCGUCGCAGCAAAUAUGCCAUUUCGAGGAAUGGAUGUCGCUCAAUCGGCGGCAGCAAGCAUAAUCACCGCACUCCAGAACCUGCAGAAAGAAGGCCAGCCGCCGCCGCCGUUAUUGUUAAUGAAUCGGACGAUGAUCUUCAAUACCAACGUCAACCACAGUAUGGCUGCCUUCCAACGUGCGAUCAUGCACUUCAUGCUCUAUCACGUGUACACGGAUAUUGAGAAGGCCGCAAAUCUGUAUAAGCAGGCUGCGGAAGCGGAGAGACCAGUUUUGAGUAUGGAGCGGACAGGACAUAGGCUGAUCUUGACGGAUGCGGCGACGACUGACGGGCUGAACUAUGCCGACUUCGGUGCUGCGUGGGUCGAGGCUGUGGGACGGAGGAGGGAGGUGGAAAAUCAACAGGUUGCAGUGAUGGCGACUGGGCAUGUGCGAACACAGUGGUGGGUGUUGGCUGGCUACGUCUGGCAAGGACUGCUUACGAGGCUGGUGCCAUGGUAA